AUGUAUGACAGUCACUACUCAGGGGGUAAGCAGACUAUUGAUCCACCUAUGCCGUCUGGGGUUGAAAAUGUACUUGAGAAAGAUGAUGAUGAGAUUGAGGUUACUGGAGAGUCCAAGAAUGCUACAGAGAAGAAAGCAGAGAUAACCCAAAAAGUUGUCCCUAUGCUUAGACCUCCGCCUCCAUUUCCACAGAGGUUGAAGAAUGAGGAUCCUGGUGCCUUCACUAUUCCAUGUACCAUCGGGUUGUUACAUUUCGCUAAGGCGUUGUGUGAUUUUGGUGCUAGCAUUAUUUUGAUGCCAUUGUCUAUUUUCAAGAAGUUGGGUUUAGGGGAUCCAAAACCAACUGUGAUGCGAUUGCUCAUGGCCGAUAAAACUUUGAAGAGGCCCAUUGGUGUUCUCCAAGAUGUGCUUGUAAAAGUGGAGUCGUUUAUUUUUCCAGCGGAUUUUGUGAUACUUGACUGUGAGGUUGAUUUUGAGAUCCCCAUCAUCCUAGGGAGACCAUUCCUUGCUACUAGGCGCGCCUUGGUCGAUAUGGAGAAAGGGCAGAUGAUGUCUAUGAAGCAGGAAAGUGAUCUCAAGUCAGUGUCCGUGGUGAAUCAUAUUGUGGGUCAAGGUUCUGAUGUGUCUAUUGAAGAGCGGUUGGGUGUUGAUGCACUUGCAGCGGUGAUGAUGAAUUUUGAGGGUGAUGGUAUUGAAGACUAUGAUGAGUUAGUUGUCGUACUUGAUAGGUUCGAAUUCCAUUCCAAACCGAAGAAAUUGGAGUUAGAUAUGAAGAAUCGCGACUCACCACCCACAAAACCGUCUGUUGAAGAGGCUCCAAAAUUAGAGCUUAAGACCCUACCAUCACAUUUGAGGUAUGUAUUCUUGGGGAGAGAUGGUACUUUACCAGUCAUCAUUGCGGCCGAUUUGAAUGCGAAACAAGUUGAGGCUUUAGUUUUGUCUAUUUAA